AACCAUUUUCUAGGGUUUAGAGAGCCACAAAACAGAGAGAGUGAGCGGCGCUAACAAACCCCCAAAAUGGUGAAGUUUCUCAAGCCCAACAAAGCCGUCAUCGUCCUCAAUGGCCGUUUCGCCGGCCGUAAAGCCGUCAUCAUCCGCGCCUUCGACGAAGGCACUCGUGACCGCCCCUACGGCCACUGCCUUGUCGCCGGCAUCUCAAAGUACCCCAAGAAGGUCAUCCGCAAGGACUCCGCGAAAAAGACGGCGAAAAAGUCGCGCGUGAAGGCUUUCAUCAAGCUGGUGAACUACAAUCACAUCAUGCCGACGAGGUACACUCUGGACGUGGAUCUGAAGGAUGUGGUGACGGCGGAUUGUCUGCAGUCGAGGGAUAAGAAGGUGACUGCAGCCAAGGCCACCAAGGCCAAGCUCGAGGAGAGGUUCAAGACCGGGAAAAACCGCUGGUUCUUUACUAAGCUUAGGUUUUAAAUUUCAAUUUCUGUUUUGUUUCGUGCUGGAUUUUAAGUUCUAUUGGAUGAUGCUGCGUAAUGUUUGGAUUGAAAUGUUAUUGGAGUUUUGGAUUCGUUUCGUAAGAUAUGCUAAUAUAUCUAUGUUUUUGAUUA